UGUCCUACAACUUGUCGAACAUGACGAUGAAGGAGGAAGAUGCGCGUCCGGGGGAGAAGCGCGGAAGGUUGUUGUGCAGUGGCGCCGUGUGUAUACACGUCAGUAAGGAGAGUAUGACGACACAGAAGGAGCUCAUGGCAGGGAGAACACUGGAAGGUGCUGCGGAUGUAGCACAACUGCAGCAUUACGUGCAGGAUUCGGAGGCAAGUGUUGACACAUCUAGUGAGGUGUAUCGUUGUCUUUCAUGCAAGUUUCGAGGCGUCCGGGAGCCAUCGAAGCAGCAGAUGCAGGAGAUUGAAGACGGAGAGGACGACGGUAGCUUCAUGGCGCACGCUAUACUACACAACCAUAAUAUUGGUGAGUAGAUUCUACGUUUUUAGCAUGGAUUAAAGCUUAUUGAAGGGUUUUGUUGUGGUUGCAGCUAUAAUGGAGAGAAAGAAGCAACUCUACUGCGCGACCUGUCGGGAUUUCAUCUACCCCGACGCAGCUGUGGGUGGCAGGAGACGGAGGAAGAGGCAAAUCCAAGGAAUGUCCACUCCUCACAAAUUGUUACGACGUGGAUUGGUGAAUAUGGGCAAUACGUGCUUCAUGAGCUCAGUUUUACAGGCCUUGGCGCAUAAUCCCAUGCUGCAGCACUACUUUUUCGUGGCUAAGAGUCAUGAUACUACAAUCUGCCAGCAGCAAAGACAGCGGUUGCUAUUGAAACAAGAGAAAAUGAAGGAGAACCAAGGCAGUGAAGAUGAUGGCGUAGAGCAAAAUACAAAACGUGGACCGGAUCCUGCGAUCACUGUGUGUCUGGGCUGCGAACUUGCUGCAUUCAUGGCGCUUCUGGUCCCUCCUUCUGCCCAUCUGCGUCAUAAAGCAUUAAUGGCGUCCCCGAUUGCACCUCAAGGGAUACUAGAAGCGAUGUGGAACGCGUUCCCGUCUUUUAUUGGCACUGCACAACACGAUGCCCAUGAAUUACUGAUCGCUCUGCUUGGUGGACUUCACUCUCACACACAUCCUCGAGUAUUUAUUCAUGGAGGUGCCUCGCCAAGAUUUACGCCACGUGGACACAGUUUAUGCGACUGUGCGGUGCACCAACACUUCUCCGGUGUACUACGGUCUGAAUUGGCUUGUGGAAAUUGCGGCAAUGCUUCCCAUAAGUUUGAUCCGUUCCUGGAUGUGUCUUUAUCACUAAAUGACGAGAAGAACAAGAGCUCGAAAAGUGAAAAACGGGAUGGGAAAGAAAACUCUGAGUCAACUACGACGACAAUUGAGUCGUUGUUGCGUCAAUUUGCAGCUGAAGAGGAGCUGCGAGGAUCGAAUCAAGUGUAUUGCGUAAGGUGUUCCAACUACCAGACGCACUACAAGAGUCUGAACUUGCAUACACUACCAAAUGUCCUGGUAUUCCACAUCCGCCGGCUUGACUUCUACCGCCAACAGAAAUUGCUGAAGACUGUUCAGUUCCCAUUGACUGGACUUAAUAUGAGACCAUUUACGUCCGUGGGGAUUGAUGAAGCCAGUGACCGUAAGAAGCGAGACAGCAAAAAUGCUGAGAAUGGGAGACCUGACGAUCCAAGUGAAUAUGUAUACGACCUUGUCGCGGUGGUGAAUCACCAUGGAGAGUCAGUGAAUGGUGGCCAUUACACUUCAUUCGUGCGGGAUGAAGGACAGCGGUGGAUACUUUUCGACGACGUUGAAGUGAAGAUUGUGCCAGCCGACGAAGUUGAAGCAUCGCAAGCGUACGUUGUGCCAAAUAUUUUGCUUUCUGUAUACGUCACCUAAGUGUUUAAUUUGUUGCACAGAUACCUUCUAUACUAUACUCGACGGAACCCGUAUAUCGCUGCAUGAAGAAAUGCAGCUUCACCCAAGUGCUCAACCUAGAAUAGUUUUUCAUCGCUCCGACUUCGUAUUGACGGGUUACAGUUCGCACUCUGAAGUGAUUAUGAAGCGUAGUAAUGGGGCUUGACGUUGCAACGCCGUUUUAGACCACGGGUAUGUCGCGUUGUUCAGAAAUGUAGAGCAUUGAUUAGCGGCGCAAUCUAACAGGACGAGUUGAUGUGGAAGCGGAAAUAGCAAGAAUGAGCUUACGAAUUCAAUGGAGCCGUACUGCAUCGAUAUCGAGAGAUCAAUAGCUGGUACCAAUGAGCGGGCCUGUGUAUCUCCAGUCAUGUUGAAACACAAGUGAUGACGCUAUAAGAUUUACGCAAAUUCACACUCACAACAAAUACUCUACAAGUACAUGUAGCUCUAUCAAGCAGUCUUGAUGCCGUCGUUGCCAGACACUAUGGC